GAUGGACUCUGCAUUGACAGCGAGUGCUUUGCAGUCUGCAAAGACAGGAAGGAGCCAAUACACUGUGCAAAAUGUCAGCAGUACAGUCACAUUGCAUGCAACUGUACUAUGUCACUCGACACCUGCAGCACCUGCAGUAGCAAACACCACACCACCCAAUGUACUGCAUAUUGCACCACCUGUUGUGUGAACUGCAAGAGUUCUACUCACACAAGCUGGAGUAGGAAGUGUCUGGAGUUCAUUUGCAGAUGUGAACUCCUGGAUGAAAAAUACCCAGAAAAUAGAAUGCCUUACUUCCCUACUGAGUCUGCCUGGACC